AUGGAAGGAUUAAUUAGUGCCAGGGUGAUUCCAGUUCGUCCACAUUGUAUACAACAGAAUCCUCUCUGUAGGCUACAUCCAUUCCCACUUCCAAGAAUGAAGACCAUUGGCACCUUUAGUAAUGGUAAAUCUCUCGCAAUGGGGAAUUCCAAACCAUUCCCUCCCUUAAAUGCUUCUGUUCAGCCCGUGGAGGUCCCACAAGGGGGUCACUUUGAUAACACAUUGCCGUCAAAAGAGGUCCUUGAGGUUUGGCGCAAUGCCGAUGCUGUGUGCUUUGAUGUGGACAGUACAGUGUGCCUAGAUGAGGGCAUUGAUGAACUUGCUGAGUUUUGUGGAGCUGGACAGGCUGUUGCAGAAUGGACUGCUAGGGCAAUGAGUGGUUCUGUUCCUUUCGAGGAGGCCUUGGCUGCAAGGUUGUCCCUAUUUAACCCAUCACUCUCCCAGCUUCAGGACUUCCUUCAAAAGCGACCACCGCGAAUUUCUCCUGGGAUUGAUGAGCUAGUCAAGAAGUUGAAGGCUAAGAGUAUUGAUGUAUACUUAAUCUCAGGAGGCUUUCGUCAAAUGAUCAAUCCUGUUGCGUCAAUUCUCGGAAUUCCGCUUGACCAUAUUUUUGCCAAUCGACUUCUUUUUGGAAGUUCUGGAGAGUUUUUGGGAUUCGACAUAAAUGAACCAACUUCCAGGAGUGGAGGAAAAGCUACUGCUGUUCAGCAGCUAAAGAAUGUGAAGGGAUACAAAUCAAUGGUGAUGAUUGGGGAUGGUGCAACUGAUCUCGAGGCUCGCCAGCCAGGAGGUGCGGACAUUUUCAUUUGUUAUGCUGGGGUUCAACUUCGGGAGAAGGUUGCAUCUAGUGCUGAUUGGCUGGUGUUCAAUUUCAAGGACCUGAUUAAUACAUUAUCCUGCACUAUGGAGACUCUGAACAGCUACUGGCAGUUUGGUGAUGAUCUUCGAGGACAGGCUAAAGUUUCAGAGGAUCAAAAGUGGUUAGUGGCUGCUUCUAAGCUGGCUGAACAGACUAGGUUGAAGGGUGAGCGACGUAAUAAUCUCGAUCUCUCUAAAACCCCCGGUGAAAUGAGGCCUAGGCAUUACGUUGUUGGAUUUCAGGAAGAUAAUAAGUUCGAAACCCUUAACUUUAGCAUGUUGAAUUUGGAGACAAAAAUGAAUGACGGUUUCGGUAGAAAUCCUGCGGGGAAUGGGAUGUACAAUAUUAAUAUCAAUACUUUGUAUCCAAAGGCCAGUACCAACAACAUUGGAAAUAUCACUGGUACCGGCAAGUACAUUUUGAACAGCAGUAGCAAGGAACACAACAUUAAUGGGAUUAAUACUAACCACAGCAACAAUGAGAGCAUGAAUGCAAACUUGACUGAUAAAAGAUUCAAGACGCUGCCUGCUGCCGAGACACUCCCUAGGAAUGAGGUUCUUGGGGGAUACAUCUUUGUUUGUAACAAUGACACCAUGCAGGAAGAUCUAAAGCGCCAACUCUUCGGUCUACCACCUAGAUACAGAGACUCUGUGAGGGCCAUAACCCCAGGCUUACCUCUGUUUCUUUACAAUUACACUACUCAUCAGUUGCACGGUAUAUUUGAGGCAUCAACUUUUGGGGGUUCCAACAUUGAUCCUACAGCUUGGGAAGAUAAGAAAUGUAAAGGCGAGUCCAGAUUCCCUGCACAGGUGAGAAUCCGCAUCAGGAAACUCUGCAAACCUCUGGAGGAAGAUGCUUUUAGACCAGUCUUGCAUCAUUAUGAUGGUCCCAAGUUUCGUCUUGAGUUGUCUGUGCCCGAGACCUUGGACUUGCUGGACCUCUGCGAGCAAGCAGGUUUGCUGUGCCGGGAUGUUCAAAAUGCUUUUCACGAUUUUCCAAAAAAGCGCAAGCUUGGUGGGGAGAAGUAUUUCGCGCGUUUCGAGGUUUUAAGGCCGGCCGGAACGCAACUUUAUUACCCUCACCCGGGCGUCUUGAGUGACAGAGAGGCAGAGCUCAUAUUCAAAGUUCAAAAAUCCUCUCUUGAUUCCCUAAUUCCAUCUCUCUCUCGGCCUCUACCACAGUCAAGAGUACAAGUUUCAGGAUUCUUCUCCGGCCAAAGAAGAUACCCGAAACGGAUAAAAGAGAUGUUGGGAGUUAAUCGAUACAUUGUAAAGUUGAAGGACUUAAGCAGCUUUAGAAAUCGCCGAUCACUGAACUUCAUCGGCGUUGUGGUUGAGUACUCCGUUGCCCGUAGGAGUACCGGCACUGAUUACUGCACGAUACUGAAGAUAAUUGAUCAGCACCAACAGAGUCCGGAGUUGUGUGUUAACAUCUUUAUGAGAAGCAUAGAUCAACUUCCUCAUAUCCGUGCCCACAAAGACAUUAUUCUCCUUUGUGAUUUUAAGGUUGAAUCCUUUAAUGACACUGAUUGUGCUGUGUAUGACCACAAGAAGUCUUCAUUUGCAUUGUUUGAUGGAGAUGUUACCAAUGAUUUCACCCCGUAUCAAGCCUCUCCAACAUUUUACUUGGCACCCUCAGAUGCUGAAUUUGUUAGACGCUUGAGGAACUGGUCCCACAUUACCCCUUUUGAUGCUGGCAUCAGUAAUUAUGCUGUAUCAUUAAAAGACCUCGGAGGACGUGAUUUCAUUGAUUUAGUGUGCAAGGUUUUGCAUGUUUCUGAAGUAUCCAGUGGCAAAUGGAUGUUAUUCGUGUGGGAUGGGACAGAUAUUCCUGCUCUAGAAUUUAGCACAAAGCUUGGAGCUGAUGAGUUGAAUCCAGUACCACUACAAGUUGAACCGAUGAUUUUGCCUGCUAGUGUUCUGUCUAAGUUUCCUUGUAUUGGGACUGUGCUUAGAAUUGUGAUUGACGAAUGCUAUGAGAAUUUUGGUUGCCAUUUCAAAAUUGUGAACGGAUGGGUAAGAAUUCGGAAUCUUCACUGUAGAACUGUUUCUGGUUUGUGGAAAGGUGUUUGGACUGGAACAACUAAAGUUCGACAUUUGUCUGAAGAUGACAACAGUGUCACUGCAGUCAUGAGGAAGUAUACUGAAAGAUCAAUGAAUUACUUGCCCCCCCAUACUAGUUCUAAUCCAUUAACUGAUGUGGAAGAAAAUGUGCAAACUGGUUUUACAACCAUAAUGAAACUUCUCACGUCACCUGUGGUUCACGGAAAAGUUAAGUGCAUUGUCCGUUUUGUGGCUGUUCAUCCUUCAGAAGCAAAAGACAUAAUGUUACCUAAUGGAGAAUAUAGGAUGAUGAGGGUAACGGUAGAGGAUCCAACUGCAAGAAUCCAUGCAUCGCUGUCUUCAGAAGAUGCGGUUAUUUUCUUUGGAGGGCAUCCGGAAACUGGAGAAGUUGCUAACAAGAUGAGUAAGUUGCUUGGAAUCUCGGCAGAAACUGGGACGAACAGCAUGCGAAAUCCACCAUGGACUGAGUGCUGUGUUGGAUUCAGUUCGUUGGAUGAAAGUAAUGUUAUUGGAAGCAGGCACUGCUACGUGGCGUCGUUCCGUUCGCCUCGUUUUUCCGAUCAGCAGCCGCCUAUUCACCGGAGGAAGAGGAGAUUCCGAGUAUCAUUCUCCACUCUGGAAGCAGCAGCAUCCUCCUUGCCGGAGGUGUUUGAAUUUCGUAAUUUGGAUGCUGAUGACUUUAGGCAUCCACUUGACAGACAGAACACCCUACUUCUCAGGGCAAUUCCUGGUUUGAAGGACAUUGGAAAAGCUCUGUUGGGAACUGUUGCUGAACAAGUCAUGCUCUUGGAGAACAUUGCAACUUCUAUUCUUGUUACUGAAAGCCAGCUCCCAGAACUUUAUUCCUUGAUGAAUCAGGCCUCCAAAAUUUUGAAUAUUGAAGCUCCUGACCUGUACGUGCGUCAAAGUCCUGUUCCCAAUGCUUACACCCUCGCUGUCAGUGGUAAAAAACCAUUCAUUGUUGUUCACACAAGCCUCAUUGAGCUCCUUACGAGAAAGGAGUUGCAGGCUGUCUUAGCUCACGAGUUGGGUCAUCUGAAAUGUGACCACGGUGUUUGGCUGACAUUUGCAAAUCUUUUAACCCUUGGUGCCUACAAUGUUCCAGGUUUUGGUGGUCUAAUAGCCCAAAGGUUAGAAGAACAACUCUUCCGCUGGCUUCGAGCAGCAGAACUCACCUGCGAUCGCGCAGCUCUUCUUGUUGCUCAAGAUCCAAAGGUGGUCAUCUCUGUUCUCAUGAAAUUAGCCGGUGGUUGCCCCUCUUUGGCUGAUCAACUAAACGUGGAUGCGUUUUUGGAGCAAGCUCGAUCUUAUGACAAGGCUUCUUCAAGCCCGGUUGGGUGGUAUAUAGCACCAGGCAACUUUCACAUCCUCUUCCUGUUUUACGUGCACGAGAAAUUGAUGAAUGGUCAAGAAGUCCAGAGUACAAAGAUAGCUGGAGCCAUAAGCGGGGGAAUUGAGGAUAUAAUCAGUUCGUUUACAAAUCGAUGCUUGCUGUAUAUUCAUGGAAGCUCUUGUGCUGAAACUUGGAUCAGUAGUUUUCUUCAGCUUAUUGGUUUACUUAGCAACUUGAUGUUCAAAAACACAUCUGGUCCUGAAGUCAGCCCUCAAUCAUUUUGCCCCUUACGAAAGGUGAAAACUGGUGUGUUCAUGCAAGUGCUAGUCUCUCAGAAAUGUUUGGCCACAGAUAGGAUGAGAGAAAACGAGCAAGUUCUGUCAGAAAAUUUUUCGGCUGUUUUAGAUUUGGAGCCAAGUCUCGUUAUGAAUGAGAAAAGUGCUGUGGAAAAACCAGUUGCACCUUAG